CCAAGCAUUAAUUUUGAUAGUCAAUUUUGAUCAUAUUCGAGCAAAAAAUGAAAAUCGAAUCAACCAGUAUUUGAAAAGCAAUUAGUUUCAGAUUACCAAAGAAGCUGGUUAGUUUUAUGUGUUGGUUUGAUUGACGCAGUUUGUUUGAUCUGUUUUUAUUGGAACAAUUCCAUUCCCUUCUCUCCCGUUCCCAGCGGUCACUUUUUUCUUUCUUGUUUUCCUUAUUUAUUUUUUAUAAUGAAAGCAGUUGGAAAAGCGCUGAUUGCUUUCAAGAUGGAGAACAGAUCCGGAUCCGUUUUCGGGCCUACACAGGUGGGUGUUUUUGAUAAUUUGGCGGCUGCGCCUUCCAUCAGUGGCAGAGUUUCGAAUGAAGUCUACCAGCAACGGAAAAAGAGUGGCGUUUCUCUGUCCUCCAAAGUGGGUUAUGCCAAGAGUGUGGGAGCGGCCAGUAGUUCACGUGACACCAGGAGAUCGAAACAGACAAAUAAGGAAAUGAGUGUGAAGAAUACGAAAGAUUUCAAGGCUGCAGUCCAGGCCAUUGAGAACGAUGACCAUUUGGAGCUGCAGAACCUGCUGGUUGAUAACUGUGACUUGGUCAACUAUCAGUUGAUUGAAGCAAAAGGAAGUCCUUUUUUGGUCCAUAAGGCCGCUGCACUGGACAGACCCCAGUGCUAUGAUGUGCUUGUUCAACAUGGAGCAACGGAGACCGUGUGUGGUUCUGAUGGCAACACUGUUAUUCACCAUGCAGUGUUAAAUGACAGUGUCUCUUUUCUCCAACACAUUCUUAACUUCUUCCCCCUCGUGAACAAACCCAACUGCUCCAACAUGUGUGCAAUCCACAUUGCUGCUAAACUGAACCAAGUUGAGGUCAUGAAGGUGUUGCUAACUUGUCCUCGGAUAGACGUGGUUGCGAAAGGAGACAGAGGCAGGACUGCACUGCACUAUGCUGCAGAGAUCGAUGCCGUAGAGAUAGCCACGCUGCUGAUGAAUAAUGGGGCGUACCCAUGCAUCGCCUGCUCCUCUGGAUACAGUUCUGUUCAUGUGGCAGUCCUCAACGGGGCCAGGGACACCCUCAACGCCAUCAUACAACACUGCAGUAACUUCGGUUACACGAAGGAGAAGGUGAUGAACUUCUGUGACAAGAACCUCUCCACUCCUCUGCACGUCGCAGUCAGCAACGGAGACGUCGAGUCGGUGAAGAUCUGUCUGGAGUUCGGGUCCAAACUGUGCGGUCGGAUGGAGGACGACUCCACUUCGGUCCACUUGGCAGCCGCACUCGGCCACGACAAGAUCCUCACCCAGAUUAUCCAGGCCACAAACAAGGAGGAGUUGGAGAGUGUGUUCUCGGCACAGGACUUCCAGGGCAUGACUCCACUGCACAGCGCUGCAAUGUUCAAUCAGAUUGAUGCGGUCAAAAUUCUAGUCGAAAAUGGUUGUCCGUUGAACAUGCAGGACUCGCAAGGGAACUCUGCGCUGAUGCAGGCCAUCAUCAGAGGCAGCGAGGAAGUGGUGGAGUACCUGAAGGAGGUCAGUGACCUCACUCUGAGGGACACUCAGGGCAGGAACAUGAUACACUUGGCCAUGCUGCACUCCACCAAGAGCAACAACAACAUAUUCGCAUUCAUAAAGAACUCGAUGGAGGAGUGCAAUUACGACCGCGAGAUAUCGGCCAUAGCGCGCAAGGAUGGAAAAGAGGUUAAAAAAGGAGGAGCUUGGACGAUGUUGGAGGAGAAGGACAAUUUUGGAUGUACUGCCAUCCACUAUGCAGUGCUGGGAGGGAGACUGAAGUCUUUAGGGUGGCUGUUGAAUCUGCAGUGUCCGGAGGCCAUGGUGCAGUCGAAGAGCAACUUGAAUGAGUUUCCACUGCACUACGCUGCACGACUGGGUCGCUACAAUGCAUGUGUGAAUCUGUUAGCUACUCGUGCGGGUAUGUUGAUGUUGAACUCGAGGAACCACAGAGACCGGACUCCAGUGAUGCUGGCAGCGGCCAACGGAUACUCCAAAGUGGUCAAACUACUCAUCUCAAGAGGGGCCCUACUCGUACACAAUGACCUACAAGGAUACACUGCACUACACUAUGCAGCAGUGGGUGGAUACACUCACACUAUGCAUGUGCUGUUGGGAACCAAGAAGACACUCGUAGAUAUGGCAGACAAGGAACAGAACACAGCCCUGCAUGUGAGUGCGGACAAGAACCAGCCUAAGUCAAUUGAACUGCUGCUGACCUUGAAGUGUGCACUGACCUUGAACGAGUACGGACAGAGUGCCCUGGAUCAAGCGCUGGACGGUAAAAGACAAUCAGCAGUGGAGGCGUUCUUCAAUCACGAGAGAUGGUUGGAAGUUUUCUCCUUCUUCGGGCCAGAACAUGACUCACCCUUCAAAAAGGUCAUACAGAAUAUGCCCGAAAUGGCACAGGCGUUAAUGGACAAGUCAAUUGAGACUUCGAACGUCAACCCAAAUUGUCCUGACUAUUGGGUUCGGUUCAACUUCAACUUCCUGGUGCAGAGGUACUGCGGGGACACUUUCACCGAGGAAGAGAUUGAACAGAUUCCAGAAGAGCCAUUCGCCAUUCUGGAGAUGAUGGGCGAGCAUGGACAAGAGGCACUGUUGGUACACCCCCUUUGCUCUUCGUACAUGGAGGCCAAGUGGAAGAGGUAUGGACAGAAGAUGAUAGUGUUUGUGGUCAUACUCUACAGUCUGUUCUUGGGCUCCAUUUCCUCUGUCGCCAUUGACAAGAUCAGACGGGUAGGAGUACCAAACAACAUACUGCUCAAAGGGACGAACAAUCCAAAGUACCAGGCACUUAUGGACUCGUAUCUGAACGACAUGAGUUGGUGGGUUCUGGGAUGUCUCUACUUCAGCACCUGUGGCGCCAUCUUUGACCUAGUCUCCAUGUUCAUGCUCUAUUUAUCCAUCAGGAAGUACCAGAUUUCUGAAGAGAAAAGAGGCAUCCAGAGCAGCAGCAACAAAGGCCCAGUUGGAGUGAUGGGCGGAGUCGGCUGUGUGGCAAAAACGAGACUAGUGCUGUCUGCGUGUCUGACUGUCUACUUGGGACUCACUCUUUUGAUUCCUCAUGGCGACUACAAUGUGAUUGCAUCUGACUUUUACAUCCUCGGAGUGGUCUCUUUUCUGGCUUGGUUCCAAGUAUUGGACGUUUUGCAGCCCUUUACGUCAGUUGGGAUCUACGUGGUGAUGUACAACGAGAUCCUGGUGACCACCUGCAAACUCAUUCUCAUCUUCUUUGCCCUCCUGAUCGGAUUUGCAGUCGGAUUUCUCGUGUUUUUCGGAGGUUUGGAGUACACUUCAGUGGAGGAGCUGCAGAACUUCUCGUUCGCCUCCUUCCCCUCCGCCCUGGCCAAAGUGUUCUCCAUGAUGCUAGGCGAGAUCGACAUGACUGUCACUUUCAUCAGAAACUACGAGGCGGGAAUUCUGACCUGGUGUGACCUCUGUUUCGUGGUCUCAUUCAUCCUCCUAGUCUGCAUACUCUUCAUCAAUCUCACGAUUGGUCUGGCGGUGGGAGAUAUUGCACAACUGAAAACACACUCCAAGGUCAAGGGCCUUCAGAUGACGGUGUCGCUGUUCAUGCAGCUGGAGGCACAUAUGAAGAGGUGGGGGUUGGAGAAGUUCACUUUCAUCCCAAUGAGUCAUACCGUCUACCUGAACGACAUCAUCUGCAGCGGAUCAAAGCGCAAGAUGUUGGAGUCGUUGAAAGGGACGGAUGAGGCAGAGAACAUGAAACUACUCAAACAAAUUCACUACGAGAAUGAGAAAAACCACUGCAGAAUCAAGUCCCUGAAUGAGUCGAUGCGGAAGGCGGAGGAAUUGCUGGGACUGGUGGUGUCCCACUUGGAGGUCCAGAGUCCCUAUGAUAACCAGGACGAGGGACACCAGCUCCUCUGCACGGGAGCAGGCGGCAACCCAGCGGCCAUGAUGCAGGUCAUGAACACCUGUGAGGAUGGGAAGGACGGAGAAAGGGAGGGGGAGGACCAGGGAAACGUCAAAGUCAGUUUCCAGAACAUGGACAACGGCAACACCUGAAUAAAAAACAGCUCAGCCCUGAAACGAAGUUAAACGAGAUUUAUGAACUGUCGAGAUAUUUACUCUAGCUUCUAUGAUGACUGAGAUUAGUUUUCGUUUGAAUCUAUAUCAAUCAACUUAUUCCAAAAAUGUAGUCUUUUGCGUGUUUUAUCAUUUUCUCCCUGAAUAGUCAA